GACAAUCGUCAGUCUUGUUCCAAAGCUGUCGUUGAACAAAAUACAAUGCCGAAGCCGAAGAAAAAUCCCAAAACAGUGAAUUUCGAUAUCGAUCAUGAUGCAAAUAAUAUUCAUCGAAUCAGUGCAGGAUACGGGAUAGUUAUUGUGAUACUGGUAUUGGCAGCUGGAUCAGUGACAAAUUAUUUCCUGACCAAUCUUCCGGAUGCUCUAACUGUAGCCGACUUGGAACAAUACCCAGUGGCGUUUAUUGCCGAACGUGCUUGGGAUAAUCUGAAAAGUUUCACAGACCUGGGUCCAAGGGUCGCUGGAUCCAAAGCAAAUGAUGAGUUGGCAGUUGGAAUUUUCAAACGUGAGAUUAAAACUAUACAGGCAACAAAACAUGUUAAUCAAGAAGUUAUUAUGGAGAAUCAGGUCGUCACUGGAGCCUUCAACUUUACAUUUUAUGGUACCUCGAUGACGACUGUUUAUCGCAAUAUUCAGAACAUAGUAGUGAAACUGAAAGGCAAAAAAGAUGAUGCCCUACUGUUAAACUGCCAUUUUGAUACAGUUCCAAGUAGUCCUGGAGCGAGCGAUGACGUAGCAAGUUGUGCAGUUAUGUUGGAGAUUUUGCGAGUUAUGUCUAGGAUGCCGGAGCAAAACAUGCAUUCUAUUAUAUUUUUAUUCAACGGAGCUGAAGAAACACUAUUGCAAGCAUCUCAUGGUUUCAUUACUCAACAUAAAUGGGCAAAAGAUGUGAAAGCCUUUUUGAAUUUGGAAUCAGCAGGGUCCGGAGGAAAAGAAGUCUUGUUUCAAACAGGACCAAAUAGUCCGUGGAUGAUAGAUGCCUAUGCUAAGUCUGUGAGACAUCCUUUCGCACAAGCAAUGGCAGAGGAACUAUUUCACACGAAACUCAUUCCAUCUGAUACGGAUUUUAGGAUUUUCCGCGACUAUGGCAAUAUACCCGGAAUGGACUUGGCUCAUUUCUUGCAUGGAUACCGUUAUCAUACUAAGUACGAUUCAUUGGACUACCUAUCGUUACCUGUUUUGCAGCGCACUGGAGAUAACGUACUGGCUUUAACUCGUGAAAUAGCUAAUUCCGAACACUUAUCAACUAGCAACGCUGAACCGGGGUCAAAUACCGUGUUCUUCGAUUUUCUUGGAUUGUUUUUCGUCAAAUAUUCUAUGCGAUCGGCAAUGCUAAUCAAUGCAACAGUAGCUCUACUUGCGGUGCUGAUACCAUAUCUUGGUUUAUCGGCCGCCACUGGUAAUCGGGCAAAUAAGGCAAUCCGAACCGAAGCAUUGUAUGGAUUUGCGAGCAUCUUGUUGGGAGCGUUACUCAGCGUAACUACCUGUGCGGCUAUUGCUAGCCAAAUGGAGGCACUGGACAAACUUAUGACAUGGUACAGCAACACUUGGUUGAUAUUGGGAAUAUACUGCGCACCUGCAUUGGCAAGCCACUGUUUGAUGCAAAUGUUUUUCAAUGCAUUCUUCGAAAACAAAAAGAGCGUACUGACAACCGGAAUGAUUACUCAGGCUAGGCUCAUUGGUGUCAACGUAUUUUGGAGUAUUCUCAGUCUAUCCUUCACAUUUGCGAACCUGCGUAGUGCUUACAUCUUCAUGGUUCUGCAGAUGUGUUCACUUACUUCUACCAUCCCAAUAGUUUUGAGCGGCCUUCAAAGAACUGUGCGAAAAUGGAUCCUGCUACAUCUGAUGGUUCAAUUCAUAGCCAUAGUUUGUACCUCAUUCUAUUACAUAAUAUUCGUAAAUUUAUUUGUUCCCAUAACUGGACGAUCCGGGACUGUAGUCAACCCUGACAUGAUCAUCGGAAUCGUAGCUGCCAUAGGUGUCUUGUUAAGCUGCAGCUAUUUGUUACCAUUGAUGAGCCUCGUGAAAAACCCUCUGAAGAUAACAGCUAGCUUCUCUGCUGUAGCGUUGGUAGCAUUAAUCCUAGCUUGUUUUACCCCAAUCGGAUUCCCUUACCGAGAUGCAUCUAAUGGAAAUCCAACUACUCAGAGACACCUUGUCACGCACACAUUCCGUUUAUUCCAUGACGAACUCGGAUUGCUGCGGCACGUGGAUCAUGGUUUCUUAUUCGAAGUUCAGGAUCGCAAUGGUGGACGAACCCUUCAACAGUAUAUUGCAUCUGAUGAUAGUUUCGUACCGAUGGAAAAGAUGGAAAGUUGUGCGAACGAAUUCUUCUGUGCAAUUCCGCUAGAUGCCAUGUGGCGACAAGCUCACUUUAAUCACUUCUGGCAGCCCGCAGAAGCACCUCCCGAAACGCACAACAUGUUCACACUAGCCUACGAAGAAACCAAGCAGCUAAGCGAACGAGUGAGAAGAAUUCGAUUCAAGGCCGAGGGUAGUCUGCAGUCGUCCAUUUUCAUCGGAACUAAGCCUGGAGUUGAAUUAGUUGCAUGGAGUUUGCAGGACGUCAUUCCACCUCCGGUGAAGUUCAAUGAUCAAGAAGGGUAUUUCGCUUACAUCACUCAUGGUGUCCCGAGUGGACCAUGGAACAUAACAAUGGAUUUUGAGACGCAAGACCAGAAACAUGAAGGAUUUUUGGCUGAUUUAGGAGUUGUAACGAAACUUUGGGAGUAUCACGAGAUGCACACUGAAGACUUCAAGAAAUUACUGCAGAAAUUUCCAUCGUGGGCCCAUGUUGUACCUUCUGUAGCAGUCGUCAAUAUGCUUACGAUAUGAAUUUUUUUUAAUAAAUGGUAAAUAAAAUUUUGUGCUGGUAGAAUAAAACUGUUACAAAUAUUUCAA